GGAGGCAACUCAUUGUUAGCCUAUGCUGUCAAUCCAAAUCACAUGGGGCCCGGGCACUAUUAACAGCUGAGGUUGGCCGACAAGUUUUGCAGAGUUCUGUUUCAGAGCAGUAGGGAGCAGAGCAAGCUGAACUGAGAGAAAAGACAAACCGGGCUAACAACACCUCUGCUUUUUUACACAACUUUUCCCUCCUAUGAGACUGGUCAGUAAUAUUUCUACCUCUGUUUUAGAUUGAGGGAAUUCUGUUAAACUUUUUCCGCGCUUGAGAGUGAACAUUUUAAAAUCGCUUGAAUGUAUAAUAUGAUGGAGACCGAAAUAAAGAGCCCGCUCCCGCAGUCCAAUUCGGGCUCUGCGGCGGGCGCCAAGAACAACAGUGCCAACGACCAGGACCGGGUUAAGCGGCCAAUGAACGCCUUCAUGGUCUGGUCCCGUGGACAGCGGAGAAAGAUGGCACAAGAGAAUCCCAAAAUGCACAACUCAGAGAUCAGCAAGCGGCUGGGGGCAGACUGGAAACUUCUGACAGACGCGGAGAAGAGACCUUUCAUAGACGAGGCCAAGCGUCUGCGUGCCAUGCACAUGAAGGAGCACCCGGAUUAUAAAUACCGUCCCCGUAGGAAGACCAAGACCCUACUGAAGAAAGACAAGUAUUCUUUGCCUGGGGGACUCUUGGCGCCAGGUGCCAAUGCUGUCAACAACGCAGUCUCGGUGGGGCAGCGGAUGGACAGUUACGCUCACAUGAAUGGGUGGACAAAUAGUGCUUACUCUCUCAUGCAGGACCAGUUGGCCUACCCUCAGCACCACAGCAUGAACAGCCCCCAGAUCCAGCAGAUGCACCGGUAUGAGAUGGCAGGGCUCCAGUACCCUAUGAUGUCCUCAGCGCAGACCUACAUGAACGCGGCGUCCACGUACAGCAUGUCUCCAGCUUACACGCAGCAGACCUCGAGCGCCAUGGGCUUGGGCUCCAUGGCCUCAGUGUGCAAGACCGAGCCGAGCUCCCCACCCCCGGCCAUUACCUCCCACUCACAGAGAGCGUGUUUGGGUGACCUGAGGGAUAUGAUAAGCAUGUACCUGCCUCCCGGAGGAGACAGCGCAGACCAUACCUCCCUGCAGACAAGUCGGUUACACAGUGUACAUCCGCACUAUCAGACCGCGGGGACAGGCGUCAAUGGAACGCUACCCCUAACCCACAUCUAAAAAGAGACUUCAAACUUAAGUACUUCGGAUACUUGAACAUUUUGGUUGCUAAAAGAAUCGACGUUCAGUAGUAUUGUUUAAAAAAUGCAUUUUUAUUUUUUUUGUUUCUCAAUAAGUUGUCAAUUUUAAAGCAUUUUAAAACGACAUAUCUUGGACUGAAACUGAAUGUCGAGCCCAUCAGAGUAAAUUGCAUUGCAAAGAGGGUUUUAUCAUGAGUAUAAGCAAUCAACGUCUGUAGAAGAAUUGGACUUCUAUAUUUUAAUGAUGCCAUCAUAUUUUCUCUCUGAAAAAAGGCAUGUGGCCUCGUGAAGAGGCUGUUGUAUUUCAGAAAAGCUGGAUGGAGAGUUGGUUCAUAAAUGUUUACACUUAAUUUGUAGAAUGUCAGUUUGUGUCGGCUGUGUCCAAAUCUUUGUAGUCUUUUCCCCUCAUGACCUAUGGGUUUUAAUGAAAUGUAAGACUGUGCGGGUCGCAAGCGCAAGUUUAUUUAUAGCAAGUUGUUUUGUUUUCAUAGCUUGUGAACCCUCUGUUCGUCAUGUUAGGAUGUUCAAUUAUAUUUUGUGAAAUUUCUUUUCUGUGAUAUUGACAGUGUCAGGUUUACUCAUAUCAAGGACAAAAUGGUUUAUUUAAACUGACGUUUCUACUUAUUUUAAGACCAUCCUCUAUUCUUAAACUAUGAAUAAAUUUGUAUGAAACAUGA